UCUCUCUCUCUCUCUCUUCAUUUUCAAACCCCACGAAAACUCCCUCCAAAGAAAGCCCCAAGAAGCCAUGGCGGCGUGCUUCUUUCUCUCCAUCGCCGCCAUCCUCUUCACCCUCUCUCUCCUCCCCGGAAGCACCUCGCUUUCCACCACCGUCGGUUCCACCUACUCCUUCAGCACCGCCGCAACCUACGCCACCCCUCCCGCCGUCGACCGCGUUGCCCACGCCAUCUCCUCCCUCGGCCUCUCCGCGCUACGACUCGACGCCUCCGACCCCGCCAUGGUCCGCGCCUUCCUCUACUCCAACACCUCCCUCCUCCUCACCAUCCCCAACCAGCUCGUCCCACCCCUCGCAGAAAACCGCUCCAACGCCCUCCGCUGGCUCUACAUCCACGUCAUCCCCUUCUACCCCCGCACCAAAAUUUCCACAAUCUCCGUCGGCAACGACCUCCUCGAGUCCUCCCCGAACUUCUCCACCUUCCUCCUUCCCGCCAUCCGCAACGUUCAACUCUCCCUCAAAGACCUCGGCAUCCAUAAGAUCUCCGUCUCCACCACCUUCUCCUUCAUCAACGUCAUCACCACGGCGUUCCCGCCUUCCAAUGCCCAGUUCCAAGAACCGGCCGUCGACACCGUCAUCAGGCCCCUCCUCCAGUUCCUCCGCGACACCAAUUCCUCGUUCUUGAUCAACCUCUACCCCUACAACCUCUACAAGAUGCGCAGCGAGAUCCCGAUCGGGUUUCCCCUGUUUCAGGAGCACCCAUUCGGAUUCCGAGACGACCUCACCACCGGCGUCCGGUACCGGAACCUCUUCGACAUGAUGGUCGACGCCGUCAUCAGCGCCAUGGCUGUCGCAGGAUACGAGAACAUUCCGGUGAUUGUGACCGAGACUGGGUGGCCCAGCUUCAGCACCGACCCGGCCGAAAUCGACGCCAACCCGGUUUACGCCGAGAUGUACAUCAAGGGGCUUUUGUGUCAUUUGAGGUCCGGAAAGGGAACGCCGCUGAGGAAAGAAGGGGUUGCCGAGACGUACAUUUACGAGCUGCUCGACAAGCAAGUGAAGCAGGGGCGCAAUUGGGGGAUUCUUUACCCAAAUUUGACCAGCAAGUACAAGGAGAUUCAGUAUUCUGGGUCCGAUUGCGGAGGUUUCUUGGAUAUCUUGAUCAUGGCGGUUGGGCAACUCUUGGUGUUUGCAUUACUUGCCUGGUAAUGUUGCUUUUCCGAUUCAGUUGCUUAAUUUCAUUACUGGGUAGCUCGAUUUGUUGAUUCUUGGAAGGUUCUUAGAGAUGUUUGAUUAGCACAGUGGACUGUGAAUUGGGUUCAAUUACUUGCUUUGAUUAGCAGGUGACUGGCACAGUUUUCGAUUCAUGGAGGUGGUGUUGCUAAUUACUUAAUUGGGUAUAUGAAGAAACUGCUGUUGAUUACUUAACUGGUAAUUUUGAUUCUUGGAGAUGGUC